UCGAACACGGGACGAGUAGACAUUACAAGCUGUUAAUAUUUAUUUACAUUGAACAGGAGGUAUGAAACAGAGCCUAAAGAGGAUGAGAGAGGAGAUGGGAAACAGUGUGAUCCUGUAUCUUCUUGUGUUUCAGGUUAUUCUGAACGGUCAAGCAGCUCCGGUACAAACACAGCUCACUGUGAUGGCAGCAGUCGGAGAUGAGGCUUGUUUGAGCUGUCAGCUGACUCAACAUAAAGAAGUUCUUCAAGUCACCUGGCAGAAACUUUCACCUGAGGGAGAGAAGGAUGUUGCAACAUCCACCAAAGGCUUUGGUCGUCAGGUGAAUCGUGGCUUCAGAGAUAAAGUGGAGUUUAAAGAUGCUGGACUGCAGAACAGCUCCAUAGUUAUCAGGAACGUGACGGAGCAGGAUGAAGGAUGCUAUCAAUGUUUGUUCUACUCCAAACAUGAAGGUGCUCUCACUGGUAGAACCUGCCUCAAAGUCUACGAGCUGCAUGAACCCGUCCUACAUGUAGAGUCAAACUCUGCUGAAGAGGCAGUUGUGUCCUGCUCGGCCACAGGUCGACCUGCUCCCACAGUAACAUUAAGAGUCCUGCAACAAGACCUCCACCUGUCAGACUACAGCUCUGUCAGUGUCACCAACACCAACAGUACAGUCACUGUCACCUCUACAGCUGUGCUGUCUGGUUUCCAUGAUGACCGCACACAGGUUGGAUGUGCAGUACGAGUGCUCUCUGGUCCUCAGAAAGAGGUGUUGAUGAUGAUUCCUGCGGUCAAACAGUCGUCUGCUGAUGGUUUUGAUGAGUUAUCUGGAUCUAAUAACCGUGAUCACAGUUGGGCUGUCAUCGGUGUAUCGUUGUUGGUGUUAGUCUGUGGUAUUCUUACAUUGGUCUUUCUCUAAACAAAGAAAUCAAAU